CUGUUUCUUAAUUCAAUUGCAAGACCAUUUGAUUAUUACCGCAUCUCAUCAAAAAGCUCUAUGAAAGUAUUCGCCUGGCAAUUCUAUUUUUCAGUUCAGAAAUAGUUGUCGAUAGUCGCGAUUCUGAAGUUCGUAGUUGGUAAACAAAAGUGAUUGAGUUUUCAUCGAUCAAAUGAAAGUGAAAUAUGUUAGUUGGAUUAUUGCUGCUCAUAAUCUUUCUUUGCCUAGUUGAUUACUGGGCAAAGAAACCAAGGAAUGACAUGAUGAAAAACAUACCAACAGUUAGAAACUUGCCAAUUAUCGGUGCUGUUUCCGAAUUAGCUUCGUUCAAUGCAGAAAAUCUUGCUUCGAAGUUCGAAAUUUUUCGGAAAAAAUAUGGCAAGGCUUAUAAGUCAUGGAUUGCACAUACUUUGAUACUUAACACUUCGGAUCCAAAACAUGUUGAGGCUAUUCUAAGUAGCUCAAAGCAUAUAAGUAAGCACCGUUUGUAUUUGAUGCUAAGGGAGUGGUUGGGUCAAGGUUUGCUUCUUAGUGAUGGAACUAAAUGGCAAAAUAUGCGAAAAAUCAUAACUCCGACAUUUCAUUUCAAGAUUCUGGAAGAAUUUGUCGAAGUUUUCGACCAACAGAGUACGAUUUUAGUUGAAAAACUAAAGCCCAAAGCUGAUGGAAUAACUGUUAUCGAUGUUUAUCCCCUCAUUUGUUUGAUGGCUCUGGACAUUAUUGCAGAGACCGCUAUGGGAACCCAAAUUCAAGCUCAAAAAGACGAAAAUACAAGAUACGUUAAGGCAGUUAACGAUGUCACUGACAUCCUUGCAAUGCGAUUUAUGAAGCCUCAUCUAACGUUAAAGAAAACGUUCAAGUUUUUUAAACCAAAGCUAUCCAACAAACAGCUAGAAGGGAUUCUUUAUAUGCAUCUUUUUACUAAUCGAAUAAUCGAAGAUCGCCGAAAGUCUCUGAAUAAAUCAAAGACUGGAGAAAAUGGCUCUGAUGAGAACAUUGAAAAUUUGGGUAUAAAGAAAAGAAUGGCUUUCUUAGAUGUACUCCUUCAGUCAACCACUUCAAACGGAGAACCUUUAAGCGAUGAGGACAUUCGUGAGGAAGUAGACACUUUUAUGUUCGAAGGACAUGAUACAACAACGUCUGCUAUUUCAUUCACAUUGAGAGCAGUUGCCUGUCAUCCAGAAGUUCAAAAGAAACUAUUUGAAGAAGUGAAAGAAUUGUUUGGUGCAGAUUUGGAUAAGCCGAUAACUUAUCGGGAUAUUCAUGGCAUGAAGUACAUGAAUUGUGUCAUAAAAGAGUCAUUAAGGUUGUUCCCUCCGAUCCCUGCAAUCGGAAGGUUUAUUCGAGAAGAUCUGGAAUUGUAUAAUUGUACGAUUCCAGCUAACACAAAUGUUAUAAUAAUUCUUUGGGAGAUCUUAAGGGAUUCGGAUAUUUAUGAGGACCCUUUGGCUUUCAAGCCUGAACGACACUUAGAAAAUAACCCAAAAUCAAAUACUUUCAGUUAUAUUCCAUUUAGUGCUGGGCCCAGAAAUUGUAUUGGGCAAAAAUUUGCAUUGGUCGAAAUUAAAUGUGUGCUGAUAAAGAUUUUGAGACAUUUUGAACUUUUACCAUUAGGUGAAGAUGUUCAUCCAUCUAUUAAAAUAGUUUUAAGGUCUAAAACCGGUGUAAACUUGGGCUUAAGACCAAGAAUCUACUAAUUUUUAAACAAUUUAUAUUUAUUUAAUUUCUUAAAAAUAUUGUUAUUAUUUAUGGUUAGUUAUACAUGCUUAUAAGAUAUUUGUUAUAAUUAUUUAAAUAGUUAUGAGAUCUCAGGGAUUGUGAUGUUUAAAAAAUCGUCUCUUAGUUUCUUACAAUAAGUGGAAAGACAUGCUCAGAAAAAAUCCAUUAAUGCAAGAUUUUUUCAAAAAGAAGAUUUUAAAUCAGGCGGAUCUUAAGCUUCAAUUCUGUAGGAACAAAUUUGAAUUUUGAAUGCAAAAAAAAAUGUUUAAAAGGUUAAUAAAUGAUUAAUAUAAAAAUGAAUUUCUUCUUUA